CAGUAUGGGGAGCGGCUGCUGCAGAUGCUCCAGAAACUCCCCAAUGUUCAGGGGCAGUCGGAGUCCCCAUCCAUCCGGCUACUGGAGAAGAAAAAGGAGAUGAAAAUCAUGCAUCAUAAUAUGCUGCAGAAGAAGAAGAUGUUUCAGCGUAGAAUGGAAGCCCUGAACCUGCGCUGGGAGGAACUGAGCGUUAAGGAAGCCCAGCUGAAGGCUCACAUCCAGAAGUUUGAGCAGUUCAUCCAGGAGAACGACCAGAAACGGAUCCGCGCCAUGAAGAAAGCCAACAAGGAACGAGAACUCAAGCGCCAGCACAUGCAGGAGCUGACCAAGGGCAAGCAGGAGAUGGUGGCGCUGCGGCUGGAGCACCAGCGGCUGAGCGCCAAGCUGCAGGGCUACUCCAUCUUCAACAAGUACCUAGAGAAGGUGGUGGAGAACUCUGAGUCCCUGUGGCCGUAG